GCACCCUCUCCUCCGCCCCUCUCCCCUGUCAGUGUCAGUGAUAGUGUAAACAAUAACAAGUUCAAGGGAUAUUUCAACUGAUUUCGGUUUUGAUUCGAGAUGGCUCAUCUGCAAUAUGUUGAUGAGCUAGUGAGGGAAUACUUGCUGUAUCGGGGAUUCAGUAACACUCUGAAAACGUUCGAUGUCGAACUCAAAGCUGACAAGGAUAAAGGUUUCAGGGUUGACAAACUUGUUGAGCAGCUAACUCAGUAUAUCUAUGCUUAUGACCUUACUGCUCUUCGUGAACUCUGGGCUCAUCUUGAUCAUAGAAUUUUUACUCGGCUGGAACAAGAGUUUACCCCAGCUGUCCGGAAGCUUGAAAAUGCUGUGCUUAAAAUGUAUGUGGUAAAUGCAGUUGUGAAUGGCAAAGCAGACAAAUUAAAUGAGUUCUUUACUCGUCUUGCUUCUGAACUGCAAGGACAAGGAGAAUGGAAGGACUGGUUCUUAAUCCCCUUCUUGAAGAAUCCAGAAGAGAGCCCCACAUUUGCUGUACAUUUUACAAGACAAUGGCAGGACACUCUUCUUGUGUCAUUACAUAAUUUUCUUGCCACAAUAUUCCAGGUCAUGCCAUUGCCAACCUUAGCUACACUGGAACAGGAUGCCACACGGGCAAAACGUUUGCAAGAAGAGAAUGACUCUCUACGUCAUAAAAUUGCAGCACUAAUGGAAUUACCGAAUGCAGCAGCAUUGAUAUCUGCAUUGAACAAUGCUUCAGGAGUAACUAGUUCCAAUUCUGGUCCACCAGGCCCAGGUUCAUCUAUUCAAGAUGUCAUACCCCCUGAAGUCCCGCAACCUACUGAUCUUAUGGACGAUUUCUACAUCAUUGCUCCGGAAGGAGGAGGCUCUCAGCCUUCAUCAUCUGACAGUCAAGUCAAAACGCUUAAGAGCUUGAUUCGUAACAUUGGAGGACUUCCUAGUAGUCCAAUAAUGGGCCGCAAACCAACACCAGCAACAUCUCAGUCCACUCUUCUUUCACAUUCCAGUGGUGGGAAAAUGAAAAUCACAUCAAUAGCAGGAGGAGUAUCAGCUGACUCCCAGCACAAGAGAUCAAGUAGUAAACAGAGACUUGGACCUGGGCGCAGUUCUCCAAAUGUUGGAGUGGAAGUUUCUUCUUCAUCUGCACGACCCACUUUAAAUGUUCAUGGAACUUCUACUAAUGUAAGUAGAAAUGUGACAAGUACUACAGCCCCACAGAGAGGUAGAGCUCGAGAAAUCCCGCCUGAGGGCAACACUGCUGCUCGGCAGCCCACAACACCACCAGCAGGUGCUUUUCUCAUAUUGAGUCAGGAGCAUUACAUGGAGCACAAAGUUGCUGCCAGUCACUGCCGCUUCAAUGCCUCAGGCACCAUGGUGGCAAGUGCGGAUGUUGAUGGAGUUAUAAAAGUCUGGGAUGCUGCGCAGACUCUGAAAACAGUGGCAUCAUUUGAUACAAAGUCUAAAUUACUAGGAUUGGAUUGGAUAUCCAAAAAUGAACGCUACUUCAUGGCACUAAGUGCUACUGGUAAUGUAAGACUUCUAGAUACAAAUCUUAGCCGUAUAUUGUGGGAACUGAAUGGUGAAAAUAAUAGCAAUUUGAAAGGCUCAAGAUUGCUAAAUUUAGCCUGCAGUCCUAUAGAACCAGCAUUCUUGUGUUCUAUUGCACCAUCUCAAGGCCAGGGCAAAUUAUUAUUGUUUGACAUAAAAACCAAACAGUUGCAGAGAUCACUUACUUUGAACGGCAAUCAGAACCUCUUAGCCAAUUGCUUUGCUUUCAAUCACAAUGGACAGCUUGUGGCUGUAGGAUGCUCGGAUGGCAGUGUCCAAGUGUUUGAUAUGAGGCGUGGUUCAUGCAUAGACACCUGGCCAGCCCACACAGGACCUGCACUUUCACUGCAGCUCACACCAGAUGACACAGCAUGCUAUACAGCUGGAUCUGACAAUAAGAUUUGUGGAAGAAGUAUGACUCAAAGUGGACAGAUACUAUGUGAAGCAACCAUCCCAGAAUUGGCCUCACCAGUGCAGCUCCCUACCAACACAAGUCUGCAACCCACGCAGUUAUUUGCAUUUCACCAAUCUGGGACUCAUGUUCUUGUCCGUUGUGGAGGAGGCUCUGUUGUCUGUCAGGUGGGAUCUCAAAUGGAGCGAGUCUUGGAACUUUCAUCUCCUCGCAGUCCUACAAUGGCUAUUGAUUGGGCAAGUGCGAAUCAAUGUAGCACUUGUCUAAAUGCACACGCCAAUGGACACAUUACAGUUUCAACCCUUCUCACUCCAUAAAACUACUAAACUAAGUGUGUAAAAGACCACUUAAGGACUCUUACAUUCAACCAAAAUUAAUUUUUAGGUGUAAUCCAAACAGCUAGUUUCUAAUUUGUAUUCUGAAAUUACUACAUGUUAUCAAUGUUUUCAAAGUACCUGGCUUCAUAGGUCUGGUAAAAAGAUAAUGCUCUCUUAUUUCUAGAUUUAAGUUAGAUACUAGACACUGUAUAUACCAAGUAAUGAAUCUGUGGCCGAGUCCUACUAUAGUCAUUCCCAUAAGAAAAUCAGAGACCAAAAAUAGUUUGAUUGGGCUGUGAUGAGGAACUUAGCAUAUAACAUACUGUAUAUUUUCAUUUUCUUGGUUGUAUGUGGGAAAGGGAGGUGAAUUAAGAGUGCACUAUAGAUUGAUGUAACUACAUUUAUUUCCAAU